GAACAACCAUCGGUAAGCAUCCACCAUGUCGUCAUCCCCGGGAGACAACCGGUAUACAUUCGAAUCGCCGGAAAACAAAAACAACAAACCGUUAUACCCCAGUACGGACAGCGGCUUUCUGCCGCUGGGCUUUAGCACCCCACAGCAGCAGCGGAACAGUGGGCCCAGUUCCCACCAGCGAAACUACUACUCGGCACAGCCCAAGUAUAUGCUCCCAAGGCAACGGGGAUUUCACAACCGGAACCGAAACCCUCAGCAACAGCAGCAAGAACAUCAACAACAACAACAGCACCAGGGUGGCAACGAGGGUUCCCCUGCUGAUAGCGAAGAACGCCCACAGGAGAGGAGACAAUUCCACCACAACCGCGAUUGGAAGGGUCAACAAAAUUUCCAAUCGAGAUCGAACAACAAUCGCUUCCAGCAGCAGCAGCAGCAGCAUCACCAGCGGAGGAACCGUUUCGGACUGGGGCACAAUCAGGGUAAGGAUAACGAUGGGAAGUAUAACAUAAACGAUUACUUCCACCCUUCGAUGCUGGAAGAUCCUUGGCAACAGUUGGUGCAACAGAACGAGCGAAGUAAAGCCGAGGAGGGUGAUUCCAGCGAUGCUGGCGGAGGCGGAAGUGGAAGUGAUGCGGGUGAUGACUAAAAUAAAAUGGUCUGCAUGUGAA